AAGGGUCCCCUACCUCUGUCAAACAGGGUUUCCCUUAAAACACAAGUAAAAUAUAAGCCUACAAACAAAUGUUGUUCUGCUGUUCACACAGGAAGUGGCUAAGAAGUAGCAGGAACUCAAAUAUUAGAGUGAGUUCCAGUGAAAUGAUGUUCGGGUGUAACUAAACAGGAAAUUGUAUGACACCACAUGCUGCAACAUAUGUCCUGUGAAUUGCUUUAACCGCAAGAUUUUCCACCAAAGAAGAAGAAAGAACAUGAAAAGUAGGAAAUACUAAGAACUCCAUCACUGCGACGCCUGACACAGACAACCGGCUUUCUCAGAUUCGAAGACGCAGCAUGGAAACUGCAUAUUUCCUGUUUUUUCUACACCUUUCCUUGAAGGGAUACUGUGAAGCAAAUCAUCAAACAAACAAAUCAGAGGAAGUGUGAAGAGUGACCAUUUUAGAUUGAAAUAUGACAACAACACGACUCAUCUGUGUGUCCAGAUCUUCAGAAGCACUACAAAGCUGCGGAGGGACAAAACUUUACGAUGCCAUACUGUAACUGUUCAAAGAUGGUGGAUAUGAAGAGUACAAGUUCCAGUGCUGAAGGAGGAGGAAAUGAAGAGCAAUUCCUAGACUGUGGAAAGCUGUUUAUAGCUGAAGCUAAGCAUUCUGGAAAUUAUUCAUGUUUCACAAAUGGCAACAAGCUGUUCUUCCGUCUGCAAGUGGAGAAAAUGAGAUGCCUUUGGCGUAAUGAAAGCAUUAAAAUCCUGGUUGUGUGUGCUGGUGGUCAAAUCUCCUGCCCAGGCUUCGGCUGUAGUAACAACACAAAUGUCACUUGGUACAAGAAUAAAAAGAAGGUUUCAGACCAACACAGGCCGUCCCGGGAAGUCAGAGAGGUGUUAUAUCUCGAACCAGUCCAUGAAAAGGAUGAUGGAGUAUUUUUCUGUCACACACAAAUAAUUGAGGGAGGAGUGACAUGGACUUUGAGGACGGGUGUUGAGGUCAUAGUUAUACCACCGCCAUCACGCAGUCCUCCCAGGAUUCCUGUUGAUAAUGAGCCAAAGGAAGUGGAAAUUGGCCAGCCUUACACAUUCUUAUGUAAGGCACUUUUUCCUUUUGAACUAAAUUUUUCACCAAAGAUAGAGUGGUACAUGAAUAAUGAUGGUAACAUGACUCUACUAGACAGUAAACAGAAGUCUUUGAAAAAGUACACGCAAGAGUACGAGGUCAUACAGGUAGCUACGAUAAAUGAGGUGACACCACAUCACUUGACAUACACGUAUACCUGCAUCGCCAGUAAUACAUUUGGAAACAUCAGCGCCACAAUCAAGCUGAAAAGAAAAAUUAAAGUGCAAUGGCCAUCACUGGUUGGGUAUCUAGUUACAGCCUUCCUGCCGGUGGGUGGGCUGAUAAUCGUCGUGCGUGUAAAAUGGCUGGAGAUACAGCUCAUCUACAGAUGCUACUUUAAAAAUGGAAAACACAAUGGAGAUGAGAAAGAGUUUGAUGUGUUUCUGUCGUAUGUGUGGAGCCCUGCAUCAGAAGAAGUGUUGGGAGGUGAGAUCAUUUCCUCCAGAUCACCUCUUAAUGAUGAGGAAGGAGAACUGUGUAUCACCGACCUACUUAACGAGGAAGUUAAAGCUACCAAAAAGCCACUAGAGGUGCUGCUGCCCCAAGUGUUAGAGGACCAGUGGGGGUAUCGCCUCUGUCUACUGGAGAGGGAUGUGAUUCCUGGAGGAGCAUACACAAAUGACGUGGUUCUUGCAAUAAAGAAAAGCCAAAUGCUUAUCUGUGUCCUGUCAGAUGACUACUUCACCAACAGUAAUGCUGUGUUUGAACUGGAAUCAGGAGUUCAGGCUUUGCUGCAAAACUCUGUCCUAAAACUCCUGCUUUUAUGGACCACUAAAGCCUCGCCAUCUCUUAUCCAGCCUGAUCCCCCCCUGCCCACACUUGUGCAAAGGGCCUUGGGAGUGCUACCCAGCCUGGAUUGGAGGUCAGGGGAACCUUCCCACAGCAACUUCUGGAGAUCUUUAAGGAAGACCAUGCCCAAAAACAAAGUGAAGCUAGUUUCAGUGAGGUAGCAUUAAUGAUUUUUUUUGGUGUUGGAAGAAACUAUAGAAUUUAUAAGGUUACUCUUCUUUUCUUACUGUACAUUAUAUUUAUUUACUGUGUACUGUAAAGGUGAAAGUUCUCUUAAUAUAGUUUUCAUUAAAAUGUUGCAAGCACUUUCAACAAAAGCCAUUCAACCACAAUUAACCACAGAACGUCAACGGAAAUCAUCAUAAAAAAUAAAAAAACAGAAAUCCUUAUGAUACCUGAAAUAUUUUCAUGUGUAUACUGUGCAUAGUAUUUUUUUUAACUUUGAAAUACUGUUUAACACCUUGGUUUUGCUUUGUACUUAUUUUUCUUAUAUAGAGCUCACAGUUUAUCAUUCAUAUUUAUUUUCUGAGCGUCUGCAAUAAAAACAUAAAUUCUUCCUGGCUUUAAUAAUGUAUUUUGAUUCUCAAGGUCAGAACAAAAACACACGUUAAGGAAAUUUCCAUGACACAGAUGUAGAUUCAUAGCUAUCAUUUUAACAUUUUGGGAGGGAAAAAAGGGUGAGUCACCUCCUAUACUAUAGGGCUGGGUAUCGCCCCUAUUUCUAGAAUCAAUUCGAUUCUUUUUCAUAAUCUCACGAUUCGAUUCAGUCAAUUUUGACUAAGUCAGAAAUAUUAUAAGUCUGAUCAAUUGUCAGUACUGACACCUAUAAGACUUUAUCAGAGGUGUGAGCAUCACAGCAGAUGCCUUUGUGUCAAAGCAACUGAGGAUAAAACACAGAAAAACAUGAAGGAGA